CGCUGGUGCUGAAGCAAGAUGGCAGUGCGCUAGUGGCGCGAAACGGCCGAUGAACUGAGGGGACCACGGGGAAAGUGCUUUAUGAGAACAUUUUCUGUUAGUUCGACUGUUUAUUCACGCGUUUAUUGUGUAAAAGCUGUAGUUAUGGCUGUGUGUUGAGUGAGCGCGGCUGAAUCCAAUCACUGCAAGUAAACGGACUGUCCCGUUCCGGCGGAGGUCGACGCGACGCGGCGCGGCGCGAUGUCUCUGCUGUGCGUCGGGGUGAAGAAGGCCAAAUAUGAUGGACCCCAGGAGAAAUUCAACACAUACGUGACUUUGAAGGUUCAGAAUGUGAAAAGUACGACCAUCGCCGUACGGGGCAGUCAACCCAGCUGGGAGCAAGACUUCAUGUUUGAGAUAAAUCGGCUGGAUCUGGGCCUCACGGUGGAGGUGUGGAAUAAGGGACUGAUCUGGGACACCAUGGUCGGCUAUGUUUGGAUCCCACUGCAGAAUAUCCGCCAAUCAAACGAGGAAGGACCAGGCGAAUGGCUGACUCUAGAUUCUCAGGUCAUAAUGGCGGAUAAUGAAAUCUGUGGCACCAAAGAUCCAACAUUCCACCGUUUGCUUCUGGACACGCGCUUCGAGCUGCCGCUGGACAUCCCAGAAGAAGAGGCUCGAUACUGGGCAAAAAAACUGGAGCAGCUCAAUGCCAUGCGAGACCAGGAUUAUUCAUAUCAGGAGGUUCAGGAGAGGCCGCUGUCAGUCCCGGGAACACAGUGCUGUAACUGGUGGGGCGACCAACAGAACAAUGAUCCAGACAGCGCGAUGGAUGACCGAGACAGUGAUUACCGCAGUGAGACCAGUAACAGCAUCCCACCGCCAUACUACAGCACAUCUCAACCCAACGCCUCGGUCCACCAGUAUCCCAUGGGCCAACAGCACCGCAGUCCGCACGCCCCCUACUCACGCUCCAACAACUGCGACCUGGACUACGAUCACCCGAGGGGCGUCAGCCCGACCGGGAGCUAUGCAUCCUCAGCCGAGCUCAGUCACUGCAGUACUCAACUGAGCGAAGAGUACGGCGAGCGAGAACUUUAUGACGAGAACGACUCGUACCACUCCUGCCACUCGUCCGUGUCCUACAGCAAAGGCUCGCCCGACUGGGACGAGACGCAGGGGGCGUACAGCGACGAAUGCGCCUACAGUAAAGACGGAGGAGAAGAAGGAGCUCUAUAUGAGGAAGAAGAUGAUGACCUGUAUCCAGAAGCGGUGGACAUGUACGAGGGCGAGGAGGAAUUUAACUAUGAGGAUGAAGAUUUGUGUCCAGUGGCUGUGGACCAAGAGCUUCCGUUCACACCUACUCCAACCAGCACUGCCCCAACGCUGGACGUCCCAUCAACCACCAGACCUCCUCUGGCGAAACAAGCCUCGCUUCAUCAACAGUCUCAAAACGCCAGCCAACCUCCAGUUCAACCGUCCAACCAGACGCAACCCCAACCUCAAGCCAAACCCCCAAACCAUCAAGUUCCCGCCCCCCAAAAACAAGCGCCGCCCCAACAGCAGUCCUCAGGCCCGAUCCCUUCGGUUCAGUCCUUCUUUGCCAUGGCUAAGCCGUUGACUGCCGUGUUUGGGUUGGGUGGAUCUACUCCUUCACCACCACCACCUGCACCAACAACUCAAUCCCAACCUCCACCAACACAAUCCCAGCCUCCAAUGGCUCAACCUCCUGCUCCUGCCGCCCAACAGAUGCCUCCACCUGCAACUAAAUCCCCUGAGCUUCCCGCUCCUGCCCCAAUCACCAACUCCAAACCGCCUGCACCAGAACCUAAACCUCUAACCCCGACCGAGGAGAAACUGCCCACAGUAGAGCCACCAAUAGAGGAGGAACCUCCACUUCAAGAAGACGACUUUCUCAUGGAAGAACCUCCAAAAGAGGAAAUAAAGAUUGAGAGUCCACCUCCAUCUCCUCCUUUUGAAGAGGAGGAACCGGUACCUGAACCUGAGAGUGAACCGGUGGAGGAGGAGCCGGAGGAGCCAAAGGAGCCAGUGGACCCGGCGGUCAGAGCUAAGGAGAACUGGCUACGACUCUUUGAGAAAGUCCGACAACAGUUACAGGAGGCACGAGGAGAAACAGACUCUCAGUCGCUGUGGUUCGGUAAAGGAGGGAUGGGCGGAGCGCUUUACAGCAUUGACAGCAUGCCUGAUCUGAGGAAGAGGAAGACCAUUCCUCUGGUCAGAGAUCUGUCUCUGGUGCAGAACUCUCGUAAGGCUGGAAUCACGUCUGCUAUGGCUUCUAGCACACUCAACAAUGAGGAGCUGAAGAGUCACGUGUAUAAGAAGACGCUGCAGGCUCUGAUCUACCCCAUCUCCUGCACCACGCCGCACAACUUCGAGGUGUGGACGGCCACGACGCCCACCUACUGCUACGAGUGCGAGGGUCUGCUGUGGGGCAUCGCGCGACAGGGCAUGCGCUGCUCCGAGUGCGGCGUCAAAUGCCACGACAAGUGCCAGGACCUGCUGAACGCAGACUGCCUGCAGAGAGCUGCUGAGAAGAGCUCGAAGCACGGCGCUGAAGACCGAACGCAGAACAUCAUCAUGGUUCUGAAGGACCGCAUGAAGAUCCGCGAGCGCAACAAACCCGAGAUCUUCGAGCUGAUCCAAGAAGUGUUCGACGUUCCCAAGGCGAGCCACGGGACGCAGAUGAAACAAAUCAAGCAGAGCGUUCUGGACGGGACGUCGAAGUGGUCGGCCAAAAUCAGCAUCACAGUGGAUUGUGCUCAGGGUCUGCAGGCGAAGGAUAAGACGGGUUCGAGUGACCCAUACGUCACGGUACAGGUGGGCAAAACCAAGAAGAGAACCAAGACCAUCUACGGCAAUCUCAAUCCCAUCUGGGACGAGAGCUUUCACUUUGAGUGUCAUAACUCUUCAGACCGGAUAAAGGUGCGCGUCUGGGAUGAGGACGAUGAUAUCAAGUCUCGUGUGAAGCAGCGGUUCAAGCGGGAGUCUGAUGAUUUUCUGGGACAGACCAUCAUUGAAGUGCGAACGCUGAGUGGAGAAAUGGACGUCUGGUACAACCUCGACAAGCGCACGGAUAAGUCGGCCGUAUCUGGAGCGAUCCGCAUGCACAUCAGUGUGGAGAUCAAAGGAGAGGAGACUGUGGCUCCGUACCACGUUCAGUACACCUGCCUGCAUGAGCACAUCUUCCACUACACCACAGAGAAGCAGAACAGCGGCGUGGUGAAGAUCCCUGAUGCCAAAGGCGAUGACGCCUGGAAAGUGUACUACGAUGAGACGGCGCAGGAGAUCGUGGACGAGUUCGCCAUGAGAUACGGAGUGGAAUCGAUCUAUCAGGCCAUGACGCAUUUCGCGUGUCUGUCGUCGAAGUACAUGUGUCCCGGUGUUCCUGCGGUCAUGAGCACACUGCUGGCCAACAUCAACGCUUACUACGCCCAUACGACACAAUCCUCCAACAACGUCUCUGCCUCCGACCGCUUCGCUGCAUCCAACUUUGGGAAAGAGCGCUUUGUGAAGCUUUUGGAUCAGCUGCACAACUCCCUGAGGAUAGACCUCUCCAUGUACAGAAAUAAUUUUCCAGCUAGUAGUCCUGAGAGGCUGCAGGAUCUGAAGUCCACUGUAGAUCUUCUGACCAGCAUCACUUUCUUCAGGAUGAAGGUCCAGGAGCUGCAGAGUCCACCGAGAGCGAGUCAAGUCGUUAAAGACUGUGUGAAAGCGUGUCUCAACUCAACCUACGAGUACAUCUUUAAUAACUGCCACGAGCUCUACAGCCGGGAAUACCAGAAUGACCCAUCGAAGACGGUUCCUCCUGAAGAACAGGGGCCGAGUGUUAAGAACCUGGACUUCUGGUCCAAACUCAUCACCCUCAUUGUUUCCAUUAUAGAGGAGGACAAGAACUCCUACACGCCCUGCUUGAACCAGUUCCCUCAGGAGCUGAACGUGGGAAAGAUCAGUGCGGAGGUGAUGUGGAACAUGUUUGCUCAGGAUAUGAAGUACGCCAUGGAAGAACACGAGAAACACAGGCUGUGCAAGAGCGCCGAUUACAUGAACCUGCACUUUAAGGUGAAGUGGCUCUACAACGAAUACUGCAAGGAGCUGCUGUAUUUCCAGGACCGCGUGCCGGAGUAUCCAGCAUGGUUUGAGCCCUUUGUGAUCCUGUGGCUGGAUGAGAAUGAGGAAGUUUCCAGAGAUUUCUUGCAUGGCGCUCUGGUCAGAGACGCAAAGGACGGGUUCCAGCAGACGUCGGAGCACGCGCUCUUCUCCUGUUCGGUGGUGGACGUCUUCUCUCAGCUCAACCAGAGCUUCGAGAUCAUCAGGAAGUUGGAGUGUCCUGAUCCUCAGAUCGUUGGGAAUUACAUGAAGAGGUUUGCUAAGACCAUUGGAAAUGUUCUUCUGUCUUACGCCGACAUCAUUGCCAAGGAUUUUCCUACUCACUGCAAGAAGGAGAAAGUGCCUUGCAUCAUUAUUAAUAAUAUCCAGCAGUUGCGAGUUCAGCUGGAGAAGAUGUUUGAGGCCAUGGGAGGGAAAGACUUAAACGUGGAGGCCAGUGAAUUUCUGAAGGAUCUACAAGUCAAGCUGAACAAUGUGAUGGAUGAUCUCAGCAGGGUUUUCGCAGUGAGUUUCCAGCCGCACAUCGAGGAGAGCGUGAGGGAGAUGGGAGAUAUUCUCAGUCAGGUGAAAGGAGCAAACGUACCUGCUAACGGCAACGGCAACUUAGCACAGGACGCCGACAAUGUCCUGCAGCCCAUCAUGGACUUCCUGGACAGCAAUCUGACUCUGUUCGCUAAGAUCUGUGAGAAGACGGUUCUUAAGAGGGUGCUAAAGGAGCUGUGGAAGCUGGUGAUGAACACCAUGGAGAAAACCAUCGUCCUGCCGCCGCUGACUGACCAAACGGGCACACAGCUCAUCUUUAAUGCUGCUAAAGAGUUGGGUCAGCUCUCCAAACUGAAGGAGCACAUGGUGCGAGAAGAGGCCAAAGCGCUGAGCCCUAAACAGUGUGCGGUCAUAGAGCUCGCACUGGACACUAUUAAGCAAUACUUCCACGCAGGGGGUGUGGGUCUGAAGAAGACGUUUCUGGAGAAGAGUCCGGAUCUGCAGUCUCUGCGCUAUGCACUGUCUCUCUACACGCAGGCCACCGACAAACUCAUCAGGAAGUUCAUCCAGUCGCAGCACACUCAGGUUCAUGGCGGUAAAGGCGUUCGAUACACUCACAGUGAAGACGUUUAUCCAGAGAAGGCCUCAGGCGUGGAUGACGCAGUGGGUGAGGUUUCUAUGACCGUGGAGAUCUUCAGCGACCCAAACACAGGAGGACACAAAAUCACAGUUAAAGUGGUGGCAGUCAAUGACCUUCGCUGGCAGACGCAGGGAAUAUUCCGGCCCUUCGUGGAGGUUUACAUCAUCGGCCCGCACCUCAGUGACAAGAAGAGGAAGUUUGCCACCAAAUCCAAGAACAACAGCUGGUCGGCCAAGUUCGCCGAAUCCUUCCAGUUUUUGCUGGGCAGUGAGCUGGGUCCCGAGGGUUACGAGCUGCAGGUGUGUGUGAAGGAUUACUGUUUUGCGCGCGAGGACCGGACCGUGGGCAUGGCUGUGCUUCAGCUGAAGGAGCUAACGUCCCGCAGCAGCGCCGCCGUCUGGCUCCCGCUCGGCAAACGCAUCCACAUGGACGAGACGGGCCUCACCGUCCUCCGCAUCCUCUCGCAGCGCAACAACGACGAGGUCGCCAAAGAGUUCGUCAAGCUGAAGUCGGACCAGCGCUCGGCCGAGGAGGGCAGGGGGAGCUGAGGUG